GUUGUCGUACAACUUCGAGCACUCUGUCCAGUGAACGUCGCGAACAGCGGAAACAGGCUUUGACGAAAGCAGCAGAUUGCUUUGUGCGACUAGGCUCAUUCGAGAGAGCAGGAGAAUGCAAAUGGGCUGCGGGUGAUUAUACAUUAAGCCAUCAGACUGAUUUUUUUAAUAUACAGCGCGCAAAAUAGCACACAAAGUGAAUUAGCCGGCUACUAGUUUCACUCGAUACAACUAGUCCGGAAGUCGUUCGUACCCCCAUUUGCAAAAUAUGCCACGAAAAACGAGCGUCUUGUUUACAUUUAUACAUUUGUUCAGAAGUUGUAGUCUUAUCCGUCUCCACUGGUUGGGCUACUUUUCUCCAAUCUCAAGCUCAACCACCACAAUUUUAUGUAUCAGUUGUGCUUUUAGUGUACUUACUUUACUUAUAAGCAUUGUUGUACCUCUAAUUAUUGGAACUUUACAUCUCUUCCGCAGUCACGGUUUAUUCGAAAAGGCCUUGGAGUUUGGUGGGAAUGAGUUUCUCAGCACGCGUGAGCGCAUUCUGAAUGCUAAACUCAUCGCGAAACGUGUCAAAAUCGAUAACUCUGUUCCCAGUACGGGACCUACGGUUCAUCUCGUGUCGUCUUCUUCAGCGAGUGCUGUUAGUGGUACUGGUCGUGCAGCAAACAACACUUCAUCUGGCACCUCUGGCUUUACCGGAUCUUCGAACAAGAAACAGAACACAAUAUACUCUAGUCCAGCCAGUGCAACAGCAGUCGUGACCGCCCC